GGAGAUUAUGUCUGUUAGUCGCGGGAACAUAAAAGUGAAAUCGCGAAAUGUCAGUUGAAAAUGGCUGAAAGUUUCUUCGGUUUUGACGCUGGUGGUGCCCCUUCCGGUUUGGGGAAGGGAAGGAACACCAAACCUCUUGAAGGGGGAUCACUUCUUCCUGCCACGGAAGAUGAUGAAAUUGAUGCUUUGAAUGAUGAGACGUUUGGAGAUGGAGGUGUUUGGGAUUUUGAUGCAGCUGAAAAAGCGGACCUAGGUGAAUCGUUUUUUGACGAUGAUAGUCGAGGAUUUGACUCGGCCUAUAGUACAGCAGAGAAGCAAGGCAGAGAGGAUGAAGAGUACUCCGAGAUGCCUCAGAUGGAGCAGAGCCUUAGUGCGCUCGUCGUCGACGAUGAGGACGAAAUCAAUGAUCCAGCUAUUGUCAACAUGUCCAAGAGUCGACCUAUUCCCAAGCCUAUUUUUGAUAGGAAACAAAAUCUAGACGAACUCUUUGGUCCGGCGUCACCGCCAGGGCUACUGGACACCGAUGACUUGGUGUCUCCAAGCCACAAGAAUAUCUGGCGACCACCGGACAAGGAUCACUUCAAUUUCGAGAGUCCUGGCCAACAGCAUUAUCAGGGUCCAGUUGUAGUGACUGCUGGCCGACCUCCACCUCCAGGCCUACCAAACAGAAACGUCCCAUCAGAACCCAAGAAAGGUGGCGCCAUGACCUUGGAGGAGUUGGAACGACAGAUGCGUGAUCAGACUGUUCCCCAGCAACGCCAGGUGUCACCACCGUUGGGAGGGAUACCCAUGCCGAUUGGAACGCCCCCUCAUCACCAUCACAUGCCGAUUGGGACACCCCCUCAGCUUCCUCAACAUCAACAGAGGCCAUUCUUUUACACACCGCAAGCUGGACACGGGCAGGGACCUUGGAUUUCGACCCCUGGUCCAACUCCGAACCGAAUAUCACCACCCCAGGUUGUACCUCAGCAGCAGAUUCAGGCUCAGAUGCUUUCUGGCUUCAUGAAUCAGCCACCACCAAGAGGAGUUCGAAGUGAGUCGCCCUUCCACCCAGGAGGCAUGCCCAUGCGACGCACCCCCUCGCCAACGAUGUCCGGACCACUGCCUGUUGAUAACCGUGGCAUGCCACUCAACCUCUCCCCGGCCAUGAUUGCUAAACUUUAUCCACAUUUGCUCAGAACUCCUGUUGGUCAGAUGCGAGGUGGCAUGCAGAUGAAUGCUCCCGCCUCUGCCAGGCCAGGAAGAAUCUCGCCGCCCAAUCACAUGAACAACUCAUUCAUGACCAAUACCCCUCAAGGACCUCCCAGGAUGCCCCAGAGGAUGCCGUUCACCGAUCCGACGCACAUGAGGCAGCAGAAUCGUGAGCGAUGGCAAGACGAACAACACGAUAGGUCCUAUUAUAAUAAUCAAAAUCGAGGUGGUGGUUACCAACGAGGUUACCGAGGAGAAGGUGACUACCGUGGCAACCAGGGUUACCGAGGCCGUGGUGGUUACCAUAACAACAGCUACCAUCAGCAUUACGACAAUGAACCGAGGGAACCUGAGGAUGAAUAUGCCAACUUGAUGACGCAACGUGAGAAAGAUUGGAUCAUCAAGAUUCAGAUGAUGCAGUUGACGACUGAUAAUCCUUACGUUGAUGACUAUUAUUAUACACAAUAUAAGAUCAAACUAAUGGCGUUAGAGCGACGGAGACAGCGCGGUGGACAGGGUGGCGAUGACAAGGAACCCAAGUUACUCCUACCACAGUUUGCCAAGGUUGAAACUAGUGCUUAUAGCCCUGCUCAGUUUGAAGGGUCACUUGGCAAACUAACAGCCUCAAGUGUUCAUAAUCCACGGCAGAUUAUUGAUGCAAAGAUUAGGGCGGGUGAUGUUGAGAUGAAAGGCGGGAAAUAUAGACAACUACUGUUAUAUAUAGAACAGAUUUAUAAUGUAUUACUUCAAGUAGAUGAUUUAGAAAAACAGGUGCUUGCUCUGCCGCCAAACGAAAGGGAAGCUUUAUACACCGAGAGGCGUACGAAAAUCAAUCAGAUGUUUGCCAAGUUGCACUGUGAUUCUAACGCCCCUGAACAGUUUGUGAUGUAUAUGUCGAUUAGAAAGGGAAAGAAGUUAGUCAAUAGGAUGAUGCCAUUAUUGAACAAGGAUCAACUUGUGUCCAUUGUUUUGGCGACACUGAAAAAUCUACCAAUCCUUAUCAAGAAGGAUGUACUAGAUGAGGUAUUGCCAGAUCUAUACAACCAUGUCAGUCAAGUGAUAAAGAAUGCCGUAAUGCAAGACUUGGUGAUGUUUGGCCUGGCAAUGCAGAAUGCUGCUGUCCCUACAAGUCAAACUAACCCCCUCAUGUCUGCGCUCCAAAACAGGUUUGGUGUGAGUGCUGUGUGUUGUAUGAUGAGUCGAGCCGAGACAAUCUAUGUUGAGUCACCAAUGGAUGUGGAUAACAGCCAGCAGGACCAAUGGUCAGACUUCGUCAUCAUGAUUGGAGAAACCCUGUCGAUAGCUAACGAGAGGACACUAACUCUACCAAAACCUUUAGAAAGGUUUCACAACCUUAUCGCUCAUUUUGAACGGGUGUUGAGUAGAAACGUAUUAUCAGGACUAGAAGACCGCCUGCGUGCUUGGACUCAAGGAUGAAUGAGAAUAGUGAUUUUGUGCACUGGGCCUUCAGGACAGAUAUUAGCCACCGGCAAAAACAGAUGCUUUAUUUCGGGGCACUGCUCAGAAAUAUGCUCUACGGGCAAGAGGAUCACCAGUAGGCUGUGUGAAAGAUCUGACUUUAAUAGAACACAUGUACAUUUGUACUGGUGUGAAAGUGGGAGAAAUGUAUGAAGCGUUCUGAUGUUAAUUGGGUGUCAGCUUACUGUAAACCUGAGGGUGAGGACAAAAACAACACUGCAAUGGAAACGAAAUGUUAACUGUAACUUCAUUCACAUGUUAUUAGUUUACUGCAGCACUGCUUUUGAACUUCUGAGGUUUGGUUUGUCAUUUGGGUCCGUAUUUUGUGGUAGGAGCUGGUACUUGUUAGGAAAUAAUAGUGAUGUUACAAUAAGUUAAUCGGCCUUCCAGCCGGCCUUGUAGUUCAUGGAUAACCAUUCACAUACAGUGCCAGUUUCUUGUGUUCUUGUAAUAAAUAAGUAGAAAAGUAUUGUUUGAUUUAUUUUCAAACUUGCAAUUUUCGUUUGGUGGAACACGGAUAUUGGUCACGUUCAGUGCUCAGAUGAUAUGUUGUUUAUUUUCCUAUUUGAAGAUGUCUGAUUGUGGUGUGCAGUAAACAUGGAGUUUUUCGAAGUGAUACUUCCUUUGUUUUUCGUACCUGGAACCUCAUUCUGUAGAAAGUACAGAAUCCUAAUUUUGCUUUGUUCUUUUUUUCAUGGACACAUUAUAAUUAGAGACAUCUUUGGUAUUGGGCAAUUGACAAGUUUAUAAAAAAUAACGAAAUGAAACAAUUGAAUGUCUGAAUAGUUUCUUCUCUAACAUAAACUGUCUGUUAUAAAUAACGGUGGAGAUGAUUUUGUCGGAUGUUAUUUUUGGAGAUAAAAUCAUGUACAUUGGUGUUGACCUUAGGCCAUGGGAAUUAUUAAUCCUGUUUACCGUCCACCUCCCGCAUGGGUCCUGAACGAACAUGAAAUAUUUUCAUUAUUUUUUUAAAAAUCUAUUUAUUUUAUUGUUGACAUCAUUUUUUUAUUUAAAUAAUCUUUCCAGUGGUUCAUCUUUACCUUAAAUGAUUGAAAAACACAAUAAAAACUUGGCAGGGUAGGCUCUUCAUCAUAAUAAUGACAUUUUUUCAAUGCCUCAUGUUGAUGACCGACCUGAUUUCCAUUUACUGGAACUUGCUGAAUCGCGUGUUUUGACCAGUAAAUCAGACUGUAAACCGAUAAUGAAUAAUGAAAAAUGAAAAAAAGCCUCAUCAUCUUUUUAAAUCUCUCGGACGGUAAACAGGAUUAAUCAUUCCCAUGGCCUUAUCAGAUAUCAGAUACUCUUUGUCAUGCUCGUUUUCUAAAAUCGCGAUAAAUUGUAAUAUAUGUCGAGUAAGAUUUGCAGCAGCAGGUUGCUGUCUUAAAUCAUGUAAUAAAACUUUUCUAUUAAAAAAAA